UGACAACGUCACUCAUUUUGAAGUCCUGUUCGCAGCCAGGAAAGCACUUAGCACAAGUUUUGGUACUCAGCCUAGCGAGCCUUCUACCUGGCCAAGGUCUUGUCCGCGGUCCCUAGCCUACAAAAAACAACGCUGGUGACCGGAGAGGUCGUAACUGUUACUGAUCGAUGAUGGCCUCACAGAAAGGGACGUUUGCUGGCGUUUUACUUUGUCUCGUCGUGUCCAUGACUGUAGCUUUACAGGUGUCCAUCCCUCAGCGGACCUAUGAGUUCGCCAGGGGAGACAACAUCACUAUACCAUGCAGCUUCAAACCCAAGAACUCAAUCAACAAGCUGGUCGUCAUAUCCUGGUUGGCUGAAGCAGACAAACCCGGAGAGCCAGAGGUGUCCGUCCUUACCUCCUACUCUACUGGUGAACUGGACACCAGUGACCGGUAUGAAGGAAGAGCUUCCCUGGAACAGGACCUAGCUAAAGGAGUAGCCAACCUGAAGCUCUCCUCCAUCGGUCUCCAGGACAACCGGCUAUUCGAGUGUCGAGUCGCCAUCCCCAAGGAUGACGAGGGUCAGCUGGCUGACACCACCCGUCUGGUGGUCCUGGUGGCUCCCUCUGUGCCUGUCUGUAAGAUCGAUGGGAAGGCAGAGUACUUCCAGAACAUCAAUCUCACCUGUCAGUCUGAAGAGGGCUCUCCUCUUCCUACCUACAAGUGGCAGGGCUACGAUGUCAGAAACAUGCCCCGAGCACCUGCACCCAGGACAACAGACAAGGAUGGUGUCCUGUCUCUCUUCAACCUCACCAUGGAAUCCUCAGGAUACUACGUCUGUACCUCCACUAAUAAGAUCCGCAGUGCCAAAUGCAACCUGACGCUGUCCGUCAUGCCACCGUCUAUGGCCCUGGGUUCAACAGCGGGUAUCAUUGGCGGCGUUGUGGUUGGUGUUCUGGUGCUGCUCAUCAUCCUCAUCUACUGCUGCUGCUGCAGAAAGAAGAAGGGCAAAGCAGAGGAGUACGCUAUGGGGGUUCCAGAGGGGGAGGAGUUCCACGACGACAAACCCGUGGUGAACGGCGAGGUUCGACAGACGCGCAGCAAGGAAGGCGACGAUGAAGACCACCCACCUAAGAUCGUGGACCGUCGCGACCAGUACAAGGAACGCAGCGAGAAGGACUACGAUGACCGCCGCAGCGACUACGAUGACCGCCGCAGCGACUACGGUGACCGCCCACCCAAGAUCGUGGACCGUCGCGACCAGUACAAGGAACGCAGCGAGAAGGACUACGAUGAUCGCCGCAGCGACUACGAUGACCGCCGCAGCGACUACGGUGACCGCCGCAGCGACUACGAUGACCGCCGCGAGCGCCACGAUGACCGCAGGGACCAGGACGACCGCUACUCUGACCGCCGUGACCAGUACGACCGUGAUCGUGUUUACGAUGAACGCAGUGACGGCGGACGGUACAGUGAUCGUUAUGAUGAGCCCUACGAUGAUCGUGACAGACCUCCCAGUGUACCGGCCAAUAAACCUGCUAAGCCUUUGUUACUGUAAUUUCAUUAUGCCAAUGUGUUUUCCCAUCUUAUGAACUCAUAUUGUUAAUCAGAUAUAAUAAAACAGAGUAUAAGUUUACUUAGUUACAGUUCCAUUUAAAAUAAUUUGUUCAGUCAUUUAAUCAUAAUUUUACCAACAGCCUUCUAAAAAUAGAAUAGAUUAGAACCACUUAAUGUUUCCCACAACUUGUUUUUGGUUGAAAAUAUAAUUAAUAUUAUAAACAUAGUAGCUGCUGUAGGUCAGGCUUCACAAAGGGCCUGGCUACCAGGCUGAACUCGGUCACAUCAAUAACAGGACGACUGUAACACAACACAGGAAAAGCCUGUAGAUCAGGGAUCAUCAAAUAGAUUCAGGCCCCGGAUGGUGUUUUUCCUUCAGCAGAAGUUCAGGGGACCGGAACAUAAUUAUAAAUCAUUUGUAGACGGCAAAUUGACUGCAAGAAACCGAAACGGAUGUAAUAUUUGACAAAUCUAUAAUAAUUUAGAACCUUGCAUUUGUAUACCCUCGCAUAUGUAUCGCUCUUAUGUGUGGGAAUACUUGAAUUAAAUGAAAAUCACUUGGAGCUGAUUUCCUGGUGUUUGUACAGUCUUUUAUGUUCAACAAUAGCAAUUCUACAAAAAAAUAUUUUAAAAAAUUAUAAUAUAUAUAUAUAUAUAAUUUUUGGGUUGAGAAAAGUUGGGGGGCCAAAUAAAAGGGUCUGUCAGUUGGGGAGCCCUGCUAUAGAGACCAUGCCAACUAGAGGUGGAGCGGCAUUAUAUCACUGUUAUCUAUGUAAAGGCCUUCAAUGUGGAGUAUCACUGUUAUCUAUGUAAAGGCCUUCAAUGUGGAGUAUCACUGUUAUCUAUGUAAAGGCCUUCAAUGUGGAGUAUCACUGUUAUCUAUGUAAAGGCCUUCAAUGUGGAGUAUCACUGUUAUCUAUGUAAAGGCCUUCAAUGUGGAGUAUCACUGUUAUCUAUGUAAAGGCCUUCAAUGUGGAGUAUCACUGUUAUCUAUGUAAAGGCCUUCAAUGUGGAGUAUCACUGUUAUCUAUGUAAAGGCCUUCAAUGUGGAGUAUCACUGUUAUCUAUGUAAAGGCCUUCAAUGUGGAGUAUCACUGUUAUCUAU